CCGCUGGCGCAGGCGCUUUCGGAAACAACCGUUUCUUCGUCAAUAUGUAGCAACUACGCCGCUUGUUUGUCAGUGAGCCCACAAAUCGCAACUCUGAUAUUCACUAAUUGGGUAACUUAUCUACCUGAUACUUGAGGAUAGUGUACAUGUAUUCACCUUUAGGUACGAGACUACGGAUUAAUGUUGUGAAGACAAUUUGAACGCCGAAGACCGUCAGUGGUGUUGUGGAGACGAUAUUGAGUGAAACUGGACUGGAGCGUAUUCCGAGCAUCUGGCCUUCCUGCCUUUGGCAACAGUAGGAAGUUUGGUGCCUGUUGUGGGCUGUGCGUGUUUUUUCCUCACCAGUGAUUCCUUAUGCUUGAUAGAAGCUGCACCCUGUAUCUUACAGGAUGGAUGGUGUGGACUUAAAGAGACUUGUGUAUCUACAUCAGCACUCUUUGUUCUGCUGUGGUGUUCAAUCUUUCACUAUUUACAAGAGAACACCUCCCAUCCUACACCUCCCAUCCUACACCUCCAAUCUCUGCACUAUAUAUAUAAAGACCGCCUUUGAGCAAUAAAAAAAGACAGCUGGAGAUAGAAGUUUUAAGACUUUCUAUCUUAUUUUCUUUUUAAAGCACAGAUCAAUACUGCUUAUAUAAGCCUACAUGACGGACAUGGAAGUAUCCUUAUUUUAAUUUUUUCCAUUAGCGUACCCCCUUACUCUUAGUGUGGGUGGUGGGAUGUCGGAAAAGCCAGACGACAAAAUGGUGAAGUUCCUGGCUCCCCCUCAGAAGAGUGGAAAUGGUCCCAGUUCUGGUUCUGAUUCGAUGGUGAGUGAGUGCCGGCCAACAGAAGUGAGACGCCGGCAUCACACCAUGGAGCGUGAUCGAUGUAACCCCGAACACCGUUUCCUGCGCCGCAGUGUCAUCAGUGAUUCCAAUGCUACAGCAUUGGCACUCCCUUUACCCAGCAAGAUCCCCAUCCCUGCUCCUCAACGGGUUCAGCUACGAGAAGCCGUCCCCCAGCGGCAGUUGGCUGCAACAACUGCUCAUUUGCCACGGGCUGAAUCAAGUUUAACUCGAAAUGAGGAGUCUGCUGAUAGUGGAAGAGGAGAAAAGCAAGGAAAAGAAAUAGCCAAGGUGGAUAUAGUGCCUUCAGAGCAAGAGCCUGCCAUUGUACAAGAUACCUGCGAUGGAGAGGUGGUGGUAGCAGCCCGCUCCGCACCAGGCUUAGGAACAGAAUUGCCAAGUCAAACAGAACCUGAGAGCAUCACUGAGGUGAAGCCACAUCAAGGAGAAGAGGGGGAGGAAGAAGAUAAGGACUCUGCCAAGGCUCGAGCGGAGGCAGAGCAGAGGGAAGCUGAGAAAAAGGUGCAGGACGACAUCGAAGAGGCAGAGACCAAAGCAGUGGGAACAUCACCAGAUGGGCGUUUCCUAAAGUUUGAUAUAGAAAUUGGACGUGGCUCCUUCAAGACUGUCUACAAGGGCUUGGACACAGAGACCACAGUGGAGGUGGCUUGGUGUGAACUGCAGGAUCGUAAGCUGUCAAAGACAGAGAGGCAGCGCUUUAAGGAGGAAGCAGGGAUGUUGAAGGGACUACAGCAUCCCAACAUUGUCCGCUUUUACGACUCCUGGGAGGGACCCUCGAAAGGCAGGAAGUGCAUUGUACUGGUCACUGAACUCAUGACUUCUGGCACACUCAAAACAUAUCUGAAGCGGUUCAAGGUGAUGAAAAUUAAAGUGCUGCGGAGCUGGUGUCGACAAAUCCUAAAGGGGCUCCACUUUCUUCAUACUCGUGCUCCCCCCAUCAUCCACAGGGACCUUAAGUGCGACAAUAUUUUCAUCACAGGCCCAACAGGAUCUGUCAAGAUUGGAGACUUGGGACUGGCCACACUCAAGCGCGCAUCAUUUGCCAAGAGUGUUAUAGGUACCCCUGAGUUCAUGGCGCCUGAGAUGUAUGAGGAGAAGUACGACGAGUCAGUGGAUGUGUAUGCCUUUGGAAUGUGCAUGCUGGAGAUGGCCACCUCAGAGUACCCUUACUCAGAGUGCCAGAAUGCUGCACAGAUCUACCGCAGAGUUACCAGCGGGGUGAAACCGGGCAGCUUCGACAAGGUGGCCAUUCCUGAGGUGAAGGAGAUCAUCGAGGGAUGUAUUCGCCAGAACAAGGACGAGAGGUACUCUAUCAAGGACCUUCUGAACCAUGCCUUCUUCCAGGAGGACACAGGGGUGCGUGUGGAGUUGGCAGAAGAAGACGAUGGCGAGAUGGAGGCUAUUAAGCUAUGGCUGAGAAUUGAAGAUGUAAAGAAACUCAAGGGGAAGUACAAAGACAACGAAGCCAUUGAGUUUUCUUUUGACCUUAACAAAGACGUCCCAGAGGAUGUGGCUCAGGAAAUGGUUGAGUCUGGUUAUGUGUGCGACGGUGACCACAAGACCAUUGCGAAGGCCAUAAAGGACAGAGUGUCUCUAAUCAGUCGCAAGAGAGCACAGCGGCAGCAGGUCAGAGAAGAUCAGGAGAAGAGAAGGUUAGAAGAAGAACAGCAGAGUCAGUUACCCCCAGCACAGCAGCCGGCGCAACAGUCAAGCUCGGAGGUUCUUCCGUCCCAGCCAGUGCCGCAGUCUGCUCCUUAUGUCCCCCCACAACCAAACCACCACAGCACACAGAUGUCUGCCCAACCUGCAUCUCAGCAGAGCCUUCAGAGCGCAAACUAUAACACUCCUCAAUCAACCCAACUGGCCAAUAUGGCACAGGGCGGCGCCCCUUAUAUCCCCCAGUCAACUGGGCAAGUCCCAGUCCAAGUUCCAGUUCCAGUCUCAGUCCCAGUCCCAGUCCAAAUUCCAGUACCAGUUCAGGGUCAGAGUGUGGCCACCAUUCAGCCAGAGUCAGAGGAGCCUGAGACUGACCAACAGCUACAGCAAACUGGAGCUAGUCAUAUGGGAGACAGACUGUCUGGUUCAGCCAUCCCUCCUGAGGUCCAACCUCCUCCAUCUGGAAUAUCCUACAGCCCUGUUCCCAGUCAGCACCUUCAGCCACAGGUGUCAUGCCCACAGACACAAAAUGACCAAACGCAGCAGCCGCAGUCAGUGGUUCAAACCCAGAUGAAAGGUGUUCAGCCUGAAGUUGUUCCUGUUGUGCCCGGCAGCCAGUCGGUUCCAGGGGCACCUCCACAGUACGGAGUUUACUACCAACCAUCGCUUCCCCCUCAGAUUCCCACCCAGCAAGUGAUGAUCCCCCCAUCUGCUCAGCCAUCACCCCCCCAACAGCAGCAACAGCCAGAGAGCAACAUGACUCUUCAGAGCUCCACUUUACCCCAGGCACAGACCGGAGCUCAGCAGCCACAGGCCCCUAUGAGUGUUCCUCAGUCAACAACAGUGGAGCAGGCAGGAUCGUCUGCUCUGGUGCCGCCAUCUGUAGAAAGCUGCCUGUCAGAUGCAGCUUCAGGUCUUAGUGACGGCAAUGAUGGAAGCUCUACAUCAGGAGGUCGCCAUGAGGGGCGCUCACUGAAACGUCACCAGCGGCGAUCUGUACGCAGCCGAUCACGACAUGAGAAGACUGCAAAGGCCAAGCUAAAUGUUCUCAGUAUCUCUAAUGUGGGAGACAGAGUAGCAGAGUGCCAACUGGAAACCCACAACAGGAAGAUGGUGACCUUCAAAUUUGACCUUGAUGGUGACAAUCCGGAGGAGAUUGCACAGAUUAUGGUUGAGAGUGAAUUUAUCUUGGAGAGUGAGCGGGAGUCCUUCAUCGAGCAGGUCCGUGAAGUCAUAGAAAUGGCAGAUGAGAAAGGAGAGGGCAUGAAGGAAGGCUUUCCUCAGAUGAGUGAUCACCAACAACAGCCUGAGCUGUCAGUUCCCAUGCUGCCAGGCAUUUCCCCCAGCACUACAGCCCAGGUGGUGCAUUCAGCAGGACGAAGGUUUAUAGUCAGCCCAGUUCCAGAGUCUCGUCUUAGAGAACAGUUCUUUGGCGCUUCUUCUGCUAAUACCUCCUUUGGAGAUGAACAAGCUCCCUCUAUGCCAUUGGGCCUUUCUCUGUCUGCUCCAUCUGGGACACUCCAGCAGGCUUUCAGUAAAAUGAAACAGGCUCGUGUAGAGAGAAGCAGCACCCUUGAUCCCCCUCCUGCUGAGCAAGAGCCAGGUGCUGUCUCGGCUACUGAGGCUGGACUUGGCCCAAACUCUAACAAUAUCCUGGCUCCUCCAGAAGCUGUAGCUUCCACUGCUAGCACUACAUUUCCUGGCGUGCCUCUCACAUCUACGGCAACAUCUUCACCACCUCCCUCAAUUGGGAGGGUGUCCCCUCCACCUAUUUUCACUCAGCCUCAAACUCCAGCUCCUGUCACCAAUGAUCCCAGUUCAUCUCCCCAGGUGUCCCAUGAAACGGCCCCCUCACAGCUUCCACCAGCUGCCAACACCCCACCCACCUCUUCCAAUGUUUCUCCUCCAUCAGUGCAGACCUCUGUCCCUGCUGUACCUGGGCCUCAGCUGAGCAGUUCUCUCUCUUCUGUUGUUACAUCCGGCAGUACUGCCACUGGCCCUGCUUCAGAGCAGCAGCCUUAUAAUAGUGCUGUUUCGUCCUCUCAGUCUGUGAAUUCAUCCAUCCCUGCGCUCACAUCACAGCACACAACCUCCCAGUCUCAGAGUGUCCCCAUUUCUACUCAGCCCCCUCCUCCCUCCUCAUUACCCAGUCAGACCCAGGUCCAGCCUCAGACAGUGGACUCAGAGGGUGCUGAGGUGCAGAAUAAGAAUGCUGGCAGAGAUGAUAUCCAGGCUCUAGAUAAGAAGCUACGGUCCCUCUUUAAAGAUCAGAGCUCUACAUCUGCAUCAGUGGAUCAGAACACAGGCACCUCCUCUCCUCCCACUGGGACUUCUUCCCCUCCACCUGGAGCUGCCCUGGUCCCCCCAUCCAACCUUCCCCUCUCCCAGCAGGGUGUUCUGGGCCCCACAACCACCCCAGGACAGGGUAUUACCCCUGCAGGACAGACACCUCCAACUAAACCCAGGGCACAGACUUUACCUACUGGAUUUGAUCAAGCUGCUACCCCUCCCUCUGAUCUUGCACCCCCAUUUCCUGGACCAAACCAGCAACCCCUGGGUAAUUUGGACGCCCAGUUGAGGAGAGCUCUGAGCCCAGAAACUGUACAGGGAAGUAACAGGGUCCACCCUCCAGCAGCGGGAUUCACUCUGGGACGUUUCCAAGUGUCUGUUGCUGCUGAUGGUGCGUCGAGCAGUGUUCAAGAUCCUUCCAGCAUUGUUUCCUCUUCUUCCCUUACUCCGUCCUCUACCUCCUCCUCCUCCUCCUCCUCUUCAUCAUCUUCCUCCUCUUCCUCCUCCUCCCCCUCAAGUCCAGAAAAUACCCUCCACCGGUCAUGCUCUCUGUCCAAAGGAGUUUGUGAAAUUGACACUGGAAGAGGAGCUUCCUCUGUCUCUGCUGAACCUGCCAGUCAACCCACCACAAUUGGGCGCUUCCAAGUGUCCACAAGCACCAAUACCACAUCUGGGCCAACCACUGGCUCUAAAGUGGGACGUUUUUCCGUCACAGUGACCCCAGCUGCAGCAGCAGGCUCCAGUCCAUCACAUGGUUCCAGUAUGCAGAAUGGGCCCUCAUCCUCAACGUCUGAUCCUCAAAACGCACACAAAAAUUACAGUAGUGACAAUGACGACGACUCAGAAACUGAGGACGAAGCUUUGCAGAAAGAAAUAAGCCGUCUCAGAGAAAAACAUAUGACAGAGAUCCAGACAUUGCAGUCUCGUCAGAAAGAGGAAAUAGAGGCCCUGUUCACGCGGAUGGGAAAGCCUCCCCCUCCUUCUGUCUACUCCCCUGCUGUGGCAAUGGCUGGAGGCCGACGAAGGAUUAAAAGCAAAAACCACAAAUCUGCUCGCAGUAGUGGACAGCCCAGCCCCAUACAUUCAGGAUCACCGGCCUCAGCUCAGAGUCUUCAUGGUUCAGAGUCCCCUCCAAAGGAGAGUUCACCAUCAGCAACAGAUGCAUCACAAAUUAAUAACUCAUCCAUAAAGCAGCUUAGAUCCUCUCCAUCCAUGCCCAGCCUCAGUAGUUGCUCCACAGGAGCGAGUGGUACCAGCUCCACAAAUGGUUCAGGUCAUUGUCAAAACCACUCUAGUACUCUGACCCACGUGACUGGACCCACUCCUCCUUCCUCUCACAACCAGAAGGGCAAGGGCACCUUUACUGAUGACCUGCACCAACUGGUAGAUAACUGGGCCAGGGAUGCCAUCAGCCUCUCCCAGUGCAAGAGAGGUCCUAAAACUGGAGCGCCAGCACCACUGGGACAUGAUAUUAUUCCUCCGGCCAACAUGGGGCGUAAAUUCUCAGCUCCAGGCUACCUCUGCCCAACGCUUCCCACGCCUUCCACCACCACCACAUCCACCACGUCCACGCACCUCCCCAAUCCAGCUAAUCCCUCUGCUCCUUUGGGGCCUCGUAAAGGCUCUCUGGGCCCUGUUGCACCAGGGUUUGGAUACGCCUCAGCCCCGUACAGUGCUCCUCAGUGGGCAGGACCCACAGGCACAUGCCAGGUCAGCAUGCUUAACCCUGCACAGCCACUAACGCAGUACCAGCCACCUACAACAGCCUCUGUGUCCCUGCACCAAGGUUACCACAUGGGAACAACACAAGCUCCCCAGAAUUCAGUCAACCCCGGAGGGUCCAACCUGAGGCCUACGUAGCCCAGUCGCAGCCCUGAUCCAGGCUAAGACAGAGGGCCAGACAGGGCAGACAGUCGUCAAACGAGAACCACUAGCUUUCAUUGCAGUUGGCUGGUUUGCUGGCUGAGUAUUGCGCUUUUUUAUUUUUAUUUCACCUUUUAUUAUUAUGUGUUUUUUUUCUGUAUUAGAGUUGACCUGUGUGGUUCAAGUCCUCUCAGACAGAACGAAAUCUGUCUGGCAAUUGGAGGGAGAGUGCAAUACACAUCCACAGCACAGGAGUGUCACACUUAGCCUGCCAUCAGCUGUGGAAUUGAUCUGUGACGAGUCAGUUGGUUGUGUCUGGUGAUGUCAUGAUGCACAGGUGUAACCAACAGCAGCCAAAGAUGUCUUUUGAGAGCAGAUGUUGCAACAUCGUCAUUCCUUUGAAGAGGAGAAGUUAGGCGGGAUUCUGGUUCAAACCCUUACUGGUCUGACUUUAAGCCGAGCUGGGACCGAAGACAGUUAAAUUUGCACACCACAUAGUUAAACGUGUGCGCGCACACACACACCUGACUAAACAUUAACCUGGUUGAGUGACUUGGGAUGGUUGGUUAAGUUCUCUCAGAGAAGGUACGGGGGGGAGUGUACACCAAGUGGGAGAUGGGAGUGGGACAGUUGGUUUGUCCCAGAUGGAUUAGCAAAGUGUGAGUGAUUGAGUUGGGAGAAGAAAGACAGAGUACGUUAGGCAGGAGUGUAAUGGAUAAGGUUUCAGUAGGAAUACAUCCCAAUGGCUACCUAUUUAGUAAAAUGCAAUAACAGCAAAUAGUAGAUGAACUGUCCCUUGUAACUGUGGCCUUAAUCCCCAAACACAUUUAAACAUUGACUUUGUACAUAGAUAUUUCUUCACUGGGUUAUGAUUCCAUGUUUAGCAUAUUUAUGUCCCUGUGAGUCUGGUGACAUUGUGAUUUAAGUUCUCCAUCCAUACAGAUUUAUUAUACAGAUUUAUUCAUGUCUGAUAUGAAAGCCAGUGGAUCUGCCACAUUAAAAGCAUUGUCCUGGUGUUGACCACCAUUCGCAGUGUGAGACUUAAGAGGUGAUGCUGCUGCUGUAUAUCACAAUCUGGUUGAGGGUGUUUGCAGGGUGUUUUUUUUUUUUUCAUAUUUUUUAAAAUGCAAGAAUGAAAUACGAAUCCCAAUUCAACACAUAAAACAGCUUCACUUAGUGCUGAUAUGAUCAGUUUAAAUUCUGCUUGUAUCACAGAAACAAUUUUGGUUAAUAUAAAUAGUAUUUGUGGAAGAUUUUAGUCCCUGAGGGGAUGAAGCAUCCCCACUCCUCCCAGUUGUUUACACAGAUGGUGCACAGUACACAGAUGAACAGGUUGUUAGUGAGGUCAUGCCCUCCGCUCAUAACAUUUAGCCGUCACCUCUCAAAUCACAAGUGUCUGGGGUUCUCUCUUUCUGUGGUCUGUUUUUGUAUGCGUAUAUUUAAUAAAACAAAUGUUCUUUAUGGACCUGUAUUCAGCCAUCAGAUUUUGAUGUUGUUUCACUGUAAUAUUAUUAAAGGUUGUUAAACAACAUGUAGUUAAAGGAAUAUAAAAAGUGCAAUUGCAGGGUUGUUGUUGGUAUCCUACUCGCCACGCAGGAGUGAUCCUGUGGUUUAUUAAGCUCUUCUCUCUGACUGCCCUGCCCCUCCUUUUCUAUUUUAUUGUAUAUAUGUUCAUGUGAGGUAAAUGCUUUCACGUAAUGCUCAGUCACUAGAGUAUGCUUGUGGUGACCCACUCUACAUGCACAUGCACACUGUAACCUGUAAACAUGAGGAACACUUUAGUGCCUUGCAUCCUCACUAAUGACAAGUUCCAGAUUCAUCUAGUUCUGUAGCUGUGACUGCACUGCAGAAAAACAGUUAACUAAACCUGCACAUGAUGUAAACACAAAACAGGUGGCUUCAUAGCUGUCAUACGGCCAGCUCAGAGGAUGUAACACUCUGAAGCGUUAGACAAGACACCACACAGGACUGCAGAACAAAGAGCACACUGAGUAAUGUGGAAGCGUUUAUGUUCUCUCUACAGUUCCAUUUGUGUUGGUUGUGUAUUUAUAUUUGGCUCAUGCGUACAUGGAUUUGUUUUUUUCAUUAAACCAUUUCAUAGACGCACUUGUUCUGGCAGCGAGUGAGCUGUAUAAAGGUUAAAAAGUUGUCAUGCUGGCUUAACUUUUGUCUCACCACCUCACGAGUGCCAUGCUGUCAUUGUGACUUGUUCGCCUGCUCGUAGAUUGGAUGAAUAGUUAAACUUCUCUAGAGAAAAAAUAAGUUACUGCAAUGCAGAAUAUGCAAUGUUUAAAGUUUUAAAAGGGACUGAGGGGUAAUGGAAACAUUUGCAUGCUGAGGGUUGUUACCAACUUCAAUGUUUUUGAUAUUGGAAUAUUAGAGACCUUUUUCUUUCUUUUUUUUAUUCUUUGCCUUCCUGAGGGUGAUCACGAAGUGUUGACCUGUUUGAAUGCCAUUUACCAAUAUCACAGGCACAACUUAAAUAUCAAACUAUCUGCAUAUUAUUUCUGCAUGCCAGCUUCACUGGUGUUUAAUCUUACAAAUGACAACCAGCUCACAACUGGCUACUGUACAGCACAAGCUAAAAAAAAAAAAAAGCUCUUAAGGUUCAUAUGCUACUACGCUAUUAUAAGUAAUUCUCACAGACCUCUGCAGUGCUGUUUGAGGCUACUGACACGCAGUAAUAUCUGUCAAGCUCUUAUUUCUGAUCCCUCCUUACUGACCUCCUGUGAUUCAGUGUCUUUUGUGUAAAUUUUUCACAUUGUACAAAAUGUAAAAACAAAUAAAAAUAAUAUCAAUUAAA